AUGGCAUCACCACCAUCAUCAUCACCAGCAGCAGCAGCAGCAGCAGCAGCAGCAGCAGCAGCAGGAGAAGAGCCCGCGCAGUUCUCGCAGCUGGACGGCGAAGUGUUCGAGGAGUUCCUGGGCCCUCGCUGGGCCGAGCAGCAGCACCUGGCGCUGGACUUCUCUUCAAAUUUGUUCUGUCUCGAGAGUUUGGGAGAGCCCGGAAAGGGGCUGUUGGACCCGCGGCUGCGGCUGUCGGAUUUGCUGCGUUUGGAGCUUUCGAACAACGCCUUGCGGGACUUGGGCGCUGCGGUGUCUGUACACCGCGGCUGCAAGCGCCUCCGCGUCCUCCGCGCCGCCAACAACCUCCUCACAACUGUCAGUCUGCAGCUUCCUUCCCUCCGCACUUUGGACUUAGCCAAAAACCAACUCCAAACUCUCCCAGACCUCCACGGAAUCCCCAACCUCGAGGAACUUCUCCUCAGCCACAACCGAAUCAAAGAAGCAAAUUUGGAAAGUUUGCUGCUGCUGCCGAAUUUGCGGCAGCUGGAUCUUUCUUACAAUUGCAUCAGCACUUUGCCUUCGAACUUCCUCCGAGAAAUCGAACACCUCAAGGGACUCUCCAAACUCGCAAUCGUGGACUUUCGGGGCAACGAGUGCAGCGCCUGGUUUCCAGAAUAUGCUGCAGUGUUUGCUGCUAAUGCUGCAGCAAAUGGGCAGCAGCUGCAGCAAAUUGACGGGGAGAAUUUGGCCCCCCGCAGCCACAAAGAACUCCAGGAAGCUGCUGCGCUCGUGCUGCAGAACAUCGACCAGUCAGUCCGCCGCGCUGCAGCAGCAGCAGCAGCAGCUGCUGCAGCAGCAGCAGCAGCAACAGCAGCAGCGGCAGCAGCGCGGAAGCAGCAGCAGCACUCGCAGCCAGCUGGUUCUUCUUUGCGCGUUUUCAGAUAA